AUGAGGCAAAACCUUGGACGAACGUUAAAUGUUUUUAAAUUUCACAGAAAGCAUUGGGCUCUUGUCCUUGGAAAGAAUUCACCGCUGAGGGCGGUCGUAAAUAUUACUACAACUCCGUUACUCAAGAAUAGUGAAUCAACCACUCAGACGGUUGUCUCUCCGAGUCAACAAGAUUUCGAACGAGCACGUCAGCUUAGUGUACCGGCAGUUAGUCCUGUGAAUGUGACUCCGGUAACGACCCCGGUCAGACCUCACGUGCCAAUUCUGCCCACUCAACAACCCGAACAACCAAGGAUCGAAUUUGAGACCAAAGAAGAGGCUGUGGCUGCGUUUAGGAAGUUGCUUAAAGAUUCGGGUGUCAAGCCAGAUUGGUCCUGGGAACAAACUAUGAGAGCAAUAAUUUCCAACCCCAUGUAUCGAGCAAUCAAGACUCUAACGGAACGUAAGCAGGCAUUUCACGAUUAUGUGGACGAAUUGCGUAAAAAGGAGGAGGAGGAAAAAAAGGCCAAGACCAUAAAAAUUCGUCAAGACUUUAUCUCAUUAUUAGAAUCGCACCCGGAAGUCAAUUCAUCAACGCGCUACAGAAAAGUGUGUGAGAUCCUUGGCGAAGAGCCGGCAUUCAUGGCAAUUGAAGACGAUAGAAUGCGUGAAGACAUCUUUAGCGAAUACAUUUAUGACCUGCGGAAACAAGAGAAGGAAAUUCAACGAGCGGUUCGUAAAGAGAACAUGGAAAAAUUUAGUCACCUUUUAAAAUCCCUCCCGAGUAUUACCGAGUCCACACGAUGGACCGAAGCGCAAAGUGUAUACACGAAUACCCCCGAAUAUCAGAAUGACAAAACACUUCAGGAAAUGGACAUGCUAGAUUUUUUGGCAGUUUAUGAGGAACACAUCCGAUCUUUGGAACGGGAGACGGCCGAGAGAAAGAAAAAAGAAGUCGAAGAGCAAACUAGGCAGCAACGCAAGAAUAGGGAUUCCUAUAGAUCUUUGAUGGAUGAGUUGCGACAGAAUAAUGUGAUCACCGCCAAAUCAAAAUGGAAAGAAAUUUAUCCGAUCAUUCAUGAUGACGAGCGUUAUCAAAACAUGCUUGGACAAACCGGAUCCAAUCCGUUGGAAUUGUUUUGGGAUGUUGUUGAAGAACUUGACGAGAUUUUGUAUCAACAGCGUAAAAUUUUGUCGGAAGUUAUGAAGGCAAGGGACUUCACAUUAAAUUCGGCAGUUACUUUUGAACAAUUUCAAUCCACACUUUUCUCAGAUGAACGCGUCGCUUCGGUAAACGAAGUGAAUCUGAAGAUUAUCUUUGAACAGCUCCUAAGGAAACAAGAAAGGCGACAUCGUAGAAAAUUGGACGCUUUCAAAUCUGUUUUUAAGAAUUUCGAGACAAUGAUCACGCCCGAAGCAACUUGGGAACAGGUGCGUCCGGUAGUUGAGAAAACCGAGGAGUUCCAUGCCAUAGAGUCGGAAGAACAGCGCAUUGAAGUUUUUAAUAAAUUUAUGGAUCGUGUUAAAGAAAAGCUCCUUAGAAAAGGUGGUGAGGAUAGUGAAGAGGAAGAGGGAACGAUUAAAGAUGAUGAUCUUGAAGAAGAUAAACACGUAUCAUCAGACCGCAAGAGGAAACACAAGAGCCAUCGAUAUCAUCACCGGCGGUCACAUCAUUAUUCGGAUUACUCCGCCGACAGUGGUGAUUAUUCUGACAAAGAUAGAGAUGGUAGUGAAAGGCGAAAGCGACGAAAGUCGAAAGCCAAAUAUGAAAAAUAUGCAGAAUCCAAAUAUCAAGAACACGACAGAUUAUCUGAGCCGAAACGGGAACAUGUAUCACGUCAAUCACGAUCGCCCAAAUCCCAGGAUCAUAAAUCUUACUCCCCGAAAUCUGAAGAACAUUUUAGACAUAAUUCACCUCAACCUAAUGAAUCUUUUAAAAAUCUUAAAAUUCAAUCACCAAAACAAGAUGAACCUCAAUUAAUGGAAGUUAGCAAACAUGCAGAUUCGAGCGCGGAAGAAGGCGA